AUGUUAAAGACAUGUGUUCAGUUGGUUGGAUUGCUAACAGUGUUUGUUAGUUCUCAAAAAUUGUUCACCGGACACUGUCCACCAGUGAUAGCCAUGGAAGGUUUUAAUCGUGACCGUUACAUGGGAAUCUGGUACCAACAAGCAGCCUUCAAGCCCUUCAUGAAGGACGAAGUGAGCUGCACCCACUUCAGGUACACUCCAGUGGCUGGAGGAGGUUUCCAAGUGGAGGGACGGAAGAUGGCUAGGAUGACCAACGGACCUGUGUCCGUAUACGGAGUGGCACAACCAGUGAAUUCCAGCAGUAAAACUUCAGGUAAAUAUGUGGUGACUCUUUUUGGAGAGCUAGUGAAUGAAGUCAGUUCCUAUACUGUACUUCACACAGACUACAGUGAGAUAUCUGUGGUGUGGAGUUGUGAUCCACGAUACAGGCUAUGGAAUCUACAGAACGUACAAGUGUUAACUAGGCAAAGGACGAUGAACACCACUCAACUUCUGGCCUCUGCUCUUAGGGCUUUGCUCCCCAAACACCUUGACAUGCUUUUUGAUAAUCUUAGUCCAGUUGACCAGACUCAGUGUGAAGAAAUCUUAUCGAUGUAA